CAAAUCCUGAAAACGUUUUUCUUUCACAACUCUGACAAAAGAAACCACACUAACUUUUUGUUUUCUUCUUCUGAUCUUUCCAGAGACAUUCUCCAUGAAAGCCAAAGCCUUUAUUCCGUCGGUUUCAUUUCUCUGUUUUUGGGUUCUGUUGGGUUUAGGGACAUCGGGAUUGUUGCAGAGUGAUGAUGCAGAUAACGAGUUGGGGAGAUACAUAAGCUGGGAAGACUUGAGUGUUGCGAAAGAUUUCAGAAGGGAGAGGAACCUUAAACACGAUAAUGGGGUUGGUCAAGAAUAUCUGGCGCCGGCGCCCUCAAAUGAUGAAGACGGGAGCAGAGUGAUUGUGGUAGAAAAGAACGGAAGAGGAGACUCUGUUACAGUUCAAGGAGCUGUUGAUAUGGUUCCUGAGGGGAAUUCACAGAGAGUUAAAAUCUUCAUUCAACCUGGGAUUUACAGGGAGAAGGUGAUCGUGCCGAGCACUAAACCGUACAUUUCGUUCAUAGGUCAUCAGAGUUACGUGGGAAAGACAGUCAUUACUUGGAGCGAUAAAGCUUCAGACCGUUAUACCAAUGGUAGUGAAAUCGGCACUUUCAGAACAGCCACUGUUAGAGUAGACUCUGACUUCUUCUGCGCCACUGCCAUCACUAUCAAGAACACGGUGGUGGCAGAGCCGGGAGAGAUAGGGAAGCAAGCGGCGGCCCUGAGGAUAACAGGGGACAAAUCAAUGUUGUACAAAGUAAGGGUUUUGGGAUCACAAGACACUCUUAAUGAUGAAAGUGGAUCUCACUACUUCCUCAAAUGCUAUAUCGAAGGAAAUGUUGACUUCAUCUUUGGUAACGCCACGUCGCUUUACCGGGACUGUUACAUCCGCUCAACCGCAGAGGGUAUUGGAUCUAUCGCGGCUCACCAUAGAGACGCGGAGAGUGAGAAUAGUGGUUUCUCGUUUGUGAACUGUUACAUCGGCGGAACAGGGAAGGUUUACCUAGCAAGAGCUUGGGGAACCCACUCGAGAGUUGUUUAUUCAAACUGUUACAUGGCUGAUGUCAUCAAACCUUCAGGUUGGGAUGACUGGGAAGACAAGGCCAGGGACAGUGAGGUGCUAUUCGGAGAGUAUAAUUGCACCGGAAAGGGAGCAGAUAGAACAGGUAGAGUACCAUGGUCAAAGAGUCUAACUCAAGAUGAUGCGAAGCCUUUUCUUGGGAUGAAGUUCAUAUCUGGAGAUAAAUGGCUGAGACUCAAAACUUCAGAUAAUAAAAACUCUCAAUGGUCCAUUUAG